GCUGGGUUUCUGUGUGACUGGAGCCGGGAGAGCCGCAUUUAGAGAGAGAAAAAGAAAGCGGAGGGGAGUGCCGCUGUUUGUACUCUAGUGAGUGCUACCUUGCAAGCAGGACUGUAGCAAGACACCAGCGGAACCAUGGAUCAUUAUGAAUCAAAUCACUCGCAGUCCGAUGACUACAUGCAGCAGGAGGAUGACUGGGACAGAGAUCUCUUGUUGGAUCCUGCCUGGGAAAAGCAGCAGAGGAAGACCUUCACAGCCUGGUGUAACUCCCAUCUCCGCAAAGCAGGCACACAGAUUGAGAACAUUGAGGAAGAUUUUCGAGAUGGCCUUAAACUCAUGCUUCUUCUGGAAGUUAUAUCAGGUGAACGGUUGCCCAAACCAGAAAGAGGAAAGAUGCGUGUACAUAAGAUAUCCAAUGUCAACAAAGCACUGGAUUUUAUUGCCAGCAAGGGAGUGAAACUUGUUUCCAUUGGAGCAGAAGAAAUUGUGGAUGGUAAUGCAAAGAUGACACUUGGUAUGAUCUGGACAAUCAUUCUUCGAUUUGCCAUUCAGGAUAUCUCAGUGGAAGAGACAUCUGCAAAGGAAGGGCUGUUGCUCUGGUGUCAACGCAAGACUGCUCCUUACAAGAAUGUCAAUAUUCAGAACUUUCACAUCAGUUGGAAGGAUGGCCUUGGAUUCUGUGCUCUUAUCCAUAGACAUCGGCCGGAACUCAUUGACUAUGCAAAACUGCGAAAGGAUGACCCUUACACCAACCUCAACACAGCCUUUGAUGUGGCGGAAAAGUACCUAGACAUUCCCAAAAUGUUGGAUGCUGAAGAUUUAGUAAACACGCUUAGGCCGGAUGAAAAGGCCAUUAUGACCUAUGUUUCAUGUUACUACCAUGCGUUCUCAGGUGCGCAGAAGGCGGAGACGGCGGCCAAUCGGAUCUGCAAAGUUCUGGCUGUUAACCAGGAGAACGAGCAACUGAUGGAGGAUUAUGAGAAGCUGGCUAGUGAUCUCCUGGAGUGGAUCCGGCGCACUAUCCCCUGGCUGGAAAACCGCUCCCCAGAGAACACCAUGCAAGCCAUGCAGCAGAAGCUGGAGGAUUUCCGGGAUUACCGCCGGCUCCACAAGCCACCCAAGGUGCAGGAGAAGUGCCAGCUGGAGAUCAACUUCAACACACUGCAGACCAAGCUAAGACUCAGCAACAGACCAGCCUUCAUGCCAUCUGAAGGGAAGAUGGUGUCGGAUAUAAAUAAUGCCUGGGGCUCACUGGAGCAAGCUGAGAAAGGAUACGAGGAAUGGCUGCUGAAUGAGAUCAGGAGGCUGGAGCGACUGGACCACCUGGCUGAAAAGUUCAGGCAGAAAGCGGCAAUCCACGAGGCCUGGAGCAAUGGGAAGGAGGAAAUGCUGAUGGCCAAGGAUUUUGAGACCGCCACCCUGUCAGAAGUCAAGGCUAUACUGAAAAAGCAUGAGGCCUUCGAGAGUGACCUGGCAGCUCAUCAGGACCGCGUUGAACAGAUUGCUGCAAUUGCCCAGGAGCUGAAUGAGCUGGAUUACUGGGAUUCUCCAAGUGUGAAUGAGCGGUGUCAGAAAAUCUGUGAUCAGUGGGACAAUCUAGGAGCCCUGACCCAGAAGAGGAGAGACGCCUUGGAGAGGACAGAGAAGCUCCUAGAAACCAUUGACCAAUUGUAUCUAGAAUAUGCAAAGAGGGCUGCUCCCUUUAAUAACUGGAUGGAGGGAGCGAUGGAAGAUCUACAGGACACGUUCAUUGUUCACACUAUCGAGGAAAUCCAGGGAUUGAUCACAGCUCAUGAACAGUUUAAAGCAACUCUCCCUGAGGCAGAUCGUGAACGCCAAGCUAUCCUAGGGAUUCAUAAUGAGGUGUCAAAGAUUGUCCAGACCUACCACGUCAACAUGGCAGGUAGCAACCCUUACACAACCAUCACUCCACAGGAUAUCAAUGGCAAGUGGGAAAAGGUUCGACAUCUGGUGCCACAAAGGGACCAUGCUCUGAUAGAGGAGAACGCUCGCCAACAGUCCAAUGAGAGGUUGCGGAAGCAGUUUGCUACACAGGCCAAUGUCAUUGGUCCUUGGAUUCAGACAAAAAUGGAGGAGAUUGGACGUAUUUCCAUCGAGAUGCACGGCACGCUGGAGGAUCAGCUGAACCACCUGCGGCAGUACGAGAGGAGCAUUGUCAACUACAAACCAAAGAUUGAUCAGCUCGAGGGAGACCAUCAGCUCAUCCAAGAGGCGCUGAUCUUCGACAACAAGCACACCAACUACACAAUGGAGCACAUCCGGGUGGGUUGGGAACAGCUGCUCACUACCAUUGCCAGGACAAUCAAUGAAAUUGAGAACCAGGUCCUGACCAGGGAUGCCAAGGGCAUCAGCCAGGAUCAGAUGAAUGAGUUCCGGGCCUCCUUCAAUCACUUCGACAGGGAUCACUCUGGCACCCUUGGAGCAGAGGAAUUCAAAGCCUGCCUCAUCAGCUUGGGGUACGAUAUUGGAAAUGACGCACAGAAGAGGACUGGAAUGAUGGACAGUGAUGAUUUCAAAGCUUGCCUUAUCUCCAUGGGUUACAAUCUGAGCGAAGCAGAGUUUGGACGCAUCAUGAACAUCGUUGACCCCAACAACAUGGGUGUUGUAACAUUCCAGGCCUUCCUGGACUUCAUGUCUCGGGAGACCACAGACACGGACACCGCUGACCAGGUCAUGGCCUCGUUUAAAGUUCUGGCUGGCGAUAAGAACUACAUCACUGCCGAGGAGCUGCGGCGAGAGUUACCCCCUGACCAAGCAGAAUAUUGCAUCGCGAGGAUGGCGCCCUACACUGGACCGGAUGCCGUCCCAGGCUCGCUGGACUACAUGUCCUUCUCCACAGCCCUGUACGGUGAAAGUGACCUCUAACUCUGCAUCUUUUGUAUGCAAAACCUGUGUCUGCUCACCUCUAUUUGGCUUUAAACUAAAGAAAUUGCGGAGUGUCUGCUUGAGCUGGCAAGUGCAGUUUACAGAAGAAAUAUUUUUUUCUUCAGGCAACUUCAAAACAUAUUUUAUUAUAGAAAUAGGUAUUUUUCUCAAAACGUUCCAAAAAAAAAUCAAAAUGCACCAUUUACUUUUGUUGUGAUAUCUGUAGUUAAGCACAAUGUUGCAUUUCUUGAUUUUCUACUAAUGUACACAUUUUAUGUAUAUGAAAGCUGGUCACAUUGUAACUCACUGUUGCACAAAAUUGAGCAAGUUCACUCAUAACACCAUAUAAUAAAGGAUUUAUUUUAUAAAUAUGUUAAGUAUUUUCAGACUUUUUUUUAAAAAAGAACAUCCCUGCCUUUUAUGUGAUGGGUGCCAUUGCUUUGAUAUUUAAUUUAAAAUAAGCUGCCACAGUUACAAUAUGCACAUUGGAUGUGUCUUUCCAAAUGUGGUUCAAGUACUCACAUCAAAAAUGGCAGCAAUAAGAUUGCAGUAGUGGCUUUCAAACCAUUUCUUUCCACUGUGGUUUGAAGAGUUUUUCCGAAUGUCAGGUAUAUCCGGUUGGCAGCCCACGUGCUCUAACAGCUAUCCAGCAUCACAGCUAUCCACACUUACUGAAGGGCCAAACGCUGCAGAUACAGAAAAUUAAACAAAUAAAAUUAGAAACUGCUGAAAAUACUCAGCAGGUUGGGUGACAAGCAUGAGGAGAGGAAUAUAUUUUUUUCAGGUUGAUGACGUUUCAUCAUAACGGGGAACAGUUAGGAAAUGAAGAGAUUUUAAGUUGCAAAGGAGAAGAACGGAGAGAACAAUGGACUUCCUGUGAUAGGGUGAGGUGAGGAGAAACUGAAUGAUUCAGACAGAAUUUGUGCUGACUGAGAGAGCGUAGCGAGGAUUCUUUUAAUUGCAAGUGAUUUAUACAGAGAAUGUGUAAAUAGGGAGGUGAAUAGGAAUAGAGAAGUGGGGGAAGGGGGAAUGAACCCAGUCUUAUUCGCCUUAUGGUCUUCUUUGACCUUUGCAGGCCCUAAAUAUCUACAGCUGUGACUUCCUUGAUGAAUAAAUUUUAAAUGAAGGCAUGAAGGUGUAUUAAUAAAAAAUAGGGAUACAAACUCAAUGAAUCAAUUAAAGGGAUACAGAUUUACAGAGGAUUAGGAAGAGGCCUCUGAAGGCUGUGUGUCCAACCAUGCAGUGGCUGACCUGUAAUGCAUCUUAACCCUGUCUUUCCCCUUAAAUGAAAAAUUAGCAAAAAUUAAAUCAAAAAUCCUCUUAUUCUAUAAAUCAAAACUUAUUGGAAUUCAGAUCCAAAAUCACCAGUUGGCUGUGCCUCAGAUGCCCAUUGCUGAAGAGAAUUACAAGCUGCUGCAAAUCUCCUGCAUUCAGAAGCAUUUCCUACUAUAUCUCAAUGCCCUUUGAGACUCGAGUAGUGGAAAUAUUUCAUUUUCUUUAUUAAUCCAAGUCAAUUCAUCUUAAUAUAUGUUAAGUAGACAUAUGCUACCUCCUCCAUUACUCCAUCCCCUAAAUUUACAUGGUUUCCCUGUGUGUGGUCUACAGAAACUCAAAGCAUCAAGUGAUUGAGGAUUCAGUGGUGUUGAUAAAUGAGGGGAAGAGGAAGUUAAUGUUUUAUUUGAAUAUGAAGCACAAGUCCAUUCAUUACUUUUUACAUGUCUGUUAGCAUUGUAUUCAAAGAACAAACAUUCCCAAAUUUGCAAGUGUUCCUUCUGAUAAGAAGACAGGCUCUGCGUUCUUUUUCUUCCCUAUCUCUCGAAACAUUUUUUCACCUAAAGCACUAGUCUGUUUAUUCCCAGUUAUUUCUUUAAUUCAGACUUCCGAUAUUUAAACAAGGGUAUUUUUAAUUAAAAAUAUGUCCAAAAUGGAUGUUGCUUUAGAAAUGAUUUCUAUUCUGGAGAUGAAAAAAAUCUGUAACAAAUGUGAUGUUUUAAAAUUCAUUGAGGACAAACAAAUUAUAACUGAGUUUCCAUCUAGAUUACCAGAACCAUAGUAAAGUAGAAGGGGGAAAUGUUUAGCAGAAUCAGCGAUAUUCACCUGUGCUGUGUCACAACUACGAAAAUUUAAAAGCAAUUAUUAGUAUAGCUAUUCUUUGAUUCAUGAAAAGGAAAAUGUUUUAAAUGGGAAUUUCAAAAAUGCUGGGUAAAAUGCUUUAAGGUAUAAUGUGUUGCAAUGUACAAAAUAGUAGAUUACUCAUACAGUGAAAAUUAUUUGUAAUCGAAAACACACCUCAAAGAGUCAACAGUGUUACAGUAGAAAUUUUUAAGUCAAAUGUUUGCAAAUUGAAGAAUCACUAUAACGCAACUGGACAAUCAUCUAAAAUAGUAUUGAUUCAGCCUGGGAGAAUAAUCCACUCAGCAAUAAGCUUGAAUGGGCUCCACUCAAAUUUGGUGUUUCUCUUGCCUUCAAAUAGCAAAUGAUGUCACCAACCAAACCGGAUGUGUGAUUCAAACACGUUUACAGCUAAGUGCAGAUUAACACAUGACCAUUUUAUGCCAUGUACUGUUAACUCGCUGGUCACAAGUAAACCCUUUUCCUGGCAAAUUUUAAAAAGUAGCUUUAAAUUUUAAUCUAAAGUACAUUUUAUAUUUUAGAAGGUCAAAUAAGUUAAAAAUUACUGUCAAAUUGCAUUUAUUUUCACCUUGAAAGAAAAUGUGGAAAUUUUUCACUGUGGCUUUUAUGCAUAAAAUACCUAUUUGUAUUGGUACCUGGUUCUUAAAACUUACAAAUAAAGAUAUUGUAUUUGCAAAUAAUCUGUGUAUAGUAUGUUAAAUAGUAGCUUUAUGAAAAUGCAGGGCUGGUUGUACAUUAUCAAUUGUUCCACUGUGCAAAUAUAGUGGUUUGCAAACACAAGCAUUCUGCAGAUACUGGAAAUUCCAGAGCGACAAAAGUGAUUUGCAAGUGCACCAAUCCUUUGUGAUUACUGGCACAAUCUUACUGGCCCACUCCCUGAUGAUCAUCUACUAACCCCACCUCCAACACAAAGACUAUGCUCAUAAUCAAUAUUAUUGGCACACUUCCAGACUCCCUGACAAUGCUCGCCUAGCACAAGGAUUAACAGGCUUCAGUACCCACUUCCUCUACCAAACACAUGUUCCAACAGCCCACAAAUUCUAAAGCCAUACUGGCCCUCCAAAACUUUUACCAGCAGUUAUAUUGAUGGACGACAAAUAUUGGUAUGCAUGCAAGUGUGUUCAUUAAUUUCCAAAAAGUGUCAUUGACCAAAUGGAAUCUGUUAUUACUGAUUAUCUUUCAAAUUA